AUGAACUUCGGCACAAACAAUACGACCACAUCAGCACUAGUUAUACCUGUUCGCAUUCCUGGUUUGCGUUUCCUUGUUGCAUUUUGUUGUAUAUUAAUUUAUGUAUUCGGUUAUACCGGUUGUUUUCUAUCGAUCUUAACGUUUAGUUCAAAAAAACUCCGCCAUCAUUCCACAGGAUUUCUAUUUCUUAUAAUGGCAUUUGUUGAUAUAUUAAAUUUAUUUGCAAGUUUACAAUAUUUUCUUAAUGUCAUUUAUCAAAUAAAUGUAUAUAUGUUAUCUGUUCAUUUAUGUCGAUUCUUAACAAUUUUUAAUUAUGAACUUUAUUUUGCAUUUUCUUGGAUAUUUGUUUUUAUUUCUGUUGAUCGCUGGAUCAAAGUCGAAUGGCCAACAAAAAGUCAAACAUUAUGUACCCGAGAAAAAUUUAUUUAUUUAUGCUUAUUGACAUUACUUUUAAGUCUUGCACAAAAUAUAAUUUAUACAUUCUUAUGUUUUGAUCAUAAUUGUGAACAAAACAAUCUUAUUUGUGAAAUAUUUAUUCAUGCUAUUUAUAUAACCCUUUAUAUGACAGUGCCAAUUAUAAUUAUACUUGUAUCAAUAUUUCGUACAUGCUUAAUUACGAUCAAUCUUAGAAAACGUUUUCGCACAUUAAUUCCACAUAAUCAACAACAAGAACAACAACAACCUCUGAUCGAUAUGCCAACGCCGCUUAAAUUAGAAACGCUCGGUCAAUGCACGUCAACAACGGCUACAAGUCGAACAUCAAAUUCAUUUGUUAGUUCGCAUUCAUCAACAACAACGACAAACAAUGCAAAUCAUUCGCAAUUCAUAACUUCAUCGUAUCGAUCAGCACAUUAUCGUCGGCGUCGUUCACGGAUGGACGCUCAAAUGAUUAUUUUAAUAUCGAUUAAUGUUGUCCCAUUUAUUCUCGUUCAUAUCGUAACGGAAAUAGCGUAUAUAUUUGAAAAAUAUUCUGCAUUUGUUAAACGAUCACAUGCAGCCGAAUUAGUUAUUAUACUAAUUUAUCUUUCAUGGUAUUUGAUAUCAGCAACACGUUUUUAUACGAAUUGUUUACUAUCGCGGAUUUAUCGAGAAGAAUUCAAAAAUCGUUUGCAUACAUUACGGCAUGGUUGUAAACCACGGCCGGCACAAAAUGAUCGACGAUCGUCGCGAAGACAUUCAUCAAGAUACUACAUUGGCAGUAUGGUUAAUGGUGGCGAAAGUACGACUGUCAACAUGAAAUCGAUUGGCAUGAAAUGA